GAUUAGGGGGCUGCUGUCUGCGGGGUCCCAGGAGUAGGGGGCUGCUGUCUGCGGGGUCCCAGGAGUAGGGGGCUGCUGUCUGCGGGGUCCCAGGAUUAGGGGGCUGCUGUCUGUGGGGUCCCAGGAUUAGGGGGCUGCUGUGUGCGGGGUCCCAGGAUUAGGGGGCUGCUGUCUGUGGGGUCCCAGGAUUAGGGGGCUGCUGUCUGCGGGGUCCCAGGAUUAGGGGGCUGCUGUCUGUGGGGUCCCAGGAGUAGGGGACUGCUGUGUGCGGGGUCCCAGGAGUAGGGGGCUGCUGUCUGCGGGGUCCCAGGAGUAGGGGGCUGCUGUCUGCGGGGUCCCAGGAGUAGGGGGCUGCUGUCUGCGGGGUCCCAGGAGUAGGGGGCUGCUCUCUGGGGGGGGGGGGCAGGUGUGAAUGGCUUUGGAAAGGUAACAUCCAGUUGAUGGGUGACAGUGGCUCCAGCUACGCACUGUUUUGGGGCCCGGGAAGAAGCAGCAGGGUGUGAUGUGUGGGGGCCACAGGUGGGUGGAUCAGGAAUGUCUGAGGGUCUUUCCAACGGUGUUGUGGAUGAAGAUGGAGGGGUCCCAUUUUAUGUGAAUAGGGGGGGCCUACCUAUAGAUGGGCCCACAUGGGAGCGGAUGUGGGCAUACGUGGCACGGACUCAUCCAGAUGGGGAGACUCUUGUCAAGUCAAUACGGAACGCUGUGGAUCUGCCCCGGGUGCCAGUCCCACCAGUGCCCGCGCUGACAUCCACCGCCUCAGUGCCAGAGCGCGUGGAGGCCGCGCAGAGAUACAUCCGAGAGCUGCAAUACAACCACACGGGGACCCAGUUCUUUGAGAUCAAGAAGACACGGCCACUGACCGGGCUGAUGGAUCUGGCCAAAGAGAUGACCAAGGAAGCUCUCCCCAUCAAAUGUCUGGAGGCCGUCAUUCUGGGCAUAUAUCUGACCAACAGCAUCCCCGGCCUGGAGCGAUUCCCCAUCAGCUUCAAGACGCAGUUUGCGGGCGGCUGCUUCCGCCACAUCGUGCUGGGCCUGCACUGGGGCGGAUACUUUGGGGCCCUCGGAAUCAGCCGGCGGGAGGACCUGAUGUACAAGCCUCUGCGGCACAGGAGCCUGCACGAGCUGAUGGCGGAUUUCCAGGACGCCUACGCUCGCUGCUGGCACGCGCUCUGGAAGAUAAAGAUUGGCCCGUACGUGUCACAUGACCCGCACAGCGUGGAGCAGAUUGACUGGAAACAGUCCGUGCUGGACGUGCAGAACCUGGGUGCGGAGGAGCUGCGCAGGGAACUGGAGCGCCACAGCAGAGAGAUGAGACUCAGGAUAAUCAAAGGACCCCCAUCACCCCCUAAGGAGCGAAGAAGGGAGGUCACCCCAUCCCCCCAGCGAGGACAGGCCAGCCCACAGCGCAGGGAGCGGCUGGACAGACGGCCUUCAGGGGACAAACCUGCAGAUCCCAAGUCCUUACCUGACCUCGGAAGCUACCAAAUCCGAGUGUGAGGGGCACCACCGCAGUGACAGUCGCUCCUCUCACCUCCAUGUACCACUUGGACCUUCCCUCCUCCUGAGCGGACACACACCUCGGGUGCGCCUCUGGAUUUAGGGAGGGGGUUACAGGGCAGUAUUAACCCUUUGCAGAUUGCCUUAUCACCAAGCCACAUGUGCCAGCCUAUCAGGACGCGUGAUUCGGAGACGCCAGUUCUCCUGGCACUUUUUUACACUUCCCUAAUAAAGCAUCAGCUGAUGGUGGCGCCCGCGUCUGCUUUCUGGGGUAACGGCCGGACAGCAGCCAGUCCUUUCUUGUAGGUGUUUAUUGAGGCGCCAGCUCGUGCAGAAUUAAAAUGGUUUCUUAUAUACACUUUAUACAUGUGGUCCCCCUCCCCCGCGGAGCAGCAGACCCCUGAGAAUGGCUGGGCAGCCAUCAAUCGUAAAAGAAGAGAGAGAU